AUGGCCCUGAAGAAGUAUAAUACAACAGUGACAGAGUUCGUUCUCUUGGGCUUCUCUCAGAGUGCAAAAAUCCAGUCCAUCCUCUUCUUUAUCUUUCUCACCAUGUACAUCAUAACCUGGCUUGGGAACCUUGCCAUUAUCAUUACUGUGAUUUACUCACCCCACCUCCACACCCCCAUGUACUUUCUGGCAAACCUGGCUGUAAUAGACAUCAGUGAUUGCACAGUUACUGCACUCAAAAUGAUGUGGGACCUCAUGUCUCAUACAAAUUCCAUCUCCUACAACUGGUGUAUCACCCAAAUGUUCUUCUUCCAUUGCACUGGAGGUGCUGUGGUCUUCUUCCUAGUUGUAAUGGACAUUGACAGGUACAUAGCUAUCUAUAAACCACUGCAAUAUUUGCUUAUUAUGAACCAAGAAGUGUGCAUAGGCUUGGUUGUAGGAGCUUGGUUGGGUGGCUUUGCUCAUUCUAUUGUCCAGAUAGCACUGCUAAUUCAGUUAGCAUUCUGUGGGCCCAAUAUGUUGGAUAAUUUUUACUGUGAUGUUCCACAGGUAAUCAAACUGGCUUGCACAGAUACAUACAUUACAGAGCUCCUGAUGGUUUGUAACAGUGGGCUGCUCCUCACACUAAUCUUCUUUAUCUUACUUAUAUCAUAUACUGUGAUUCUGGUGAAGAUUAGGAGGCAUGUCACGGAAGGGAAGCACAAAGCUCUGUCUACAUGUUCUGCACAGAUCAUGGUCAUGAGCUUACAUUUUGUUCCAGCAAUGUUCAUUUAUGAUCGACCUUUCCAGGUAUCUCCAGUGGACAAAAUGACUUCAAUCUUGUACACAGCAAUCACUCCAGUGCUAAAUCCAAUCAUCUUCACUUUGAGAAACACAGAAAUGAAAAUCAGUAUUAGAAAACUGAUUGGAAAAAUUAUGUCAUCCAAAAUAACUGAAACAAAAUAG